CAGGAGCUAUAAAUGGCGACAAGAAAAGAGGUGAGAGAUGGUGCUAUGGAAAAGAAUGAAAUGAAUGCAGAGCUUAUUCCGAAUUUGGUGCCAGAAAGCAAACCUCAUUUGCUCUGAAUCUCAAUCUCGAUUGAUUCUUCUGUAAUCGGCAAUGGGGAAGGCUUCCAGAUGGUUCCGGAGCCUGCUCGGGAUGAAGGCAACCGACGAUUUGAGCCGGAAGCAGGCGUUCAGGAAGAAGUGGAGUUUUGUUCCGUCGAGGAAGGGGAAGGAUCUUCCGCCGGAGUAUGGUGAUGAGUCUAGCAAGCACGCCGUAGCUGUGGCUACAGCUACCGCUGCUGCAGCGGAGGCUGCAGUCGCCGCGGCUCAGGCUGCCGCGGCCGUCGUCAGGCUCACGAGCAGCGGGAGGAACAUUUCCGUCGACGGCGACGGAGAAGCGGUGGCGCGUUACCGCAGCCGCGAGGAGCAGGCGGCGGUUACGAUUCAGUCACAUUUUCGUGCGUAUCUGUCAAGAAGAGCUUUGAGGGCACUGAAAGCAUUGGUUAGGCUGCAAGCACUAGUGAGAGGACAUCUUGUGAGGAAGCAAACUGCGUACAUUUUGCGCCGGCUGCAGGCACUCGUAAGAGCCCAAGGGAGAGCCCGAGGCGGGCGAGUUCAUGUUCCCGAAUCACCACAUUCAAGCAUCAAGUCAUCUCACUUCACUUAUCCAGGGCCAGCAACUCCAGAGAAAUUCGAGCAUUCUAUCCGAUCUAGAAGUUUGAAGCCAGAACAAUUGGCUUUGCUAAAGAGAAGUAGUUCGAAAUCAAGCAGAAGUGUUGAGAAUGAUCGAGAAAAAUCACAUGUAAGUCACGCAGGCAAGGACAGCAGCAGAAUAAGCGAAAAAUGGGAACACGGAGCUUAUACAAGACCUACAGGUUAUGACUAUCAAACUGAUAAGAUUCUUGAGAUCGAUACCGGGAAACCAGAAGCUGCUCCCAAAUGGAGGACCCCUAUUUACUCUCCUCACAUCAACCAAGGCUCCCACCAACAUUGUCGAAGCUUUUCAACCCCAAAGAGCUCAACCGCCAGCCAUUCAACACUUAGCCCAUACAGCAAAGCUGAAUCUUUGAUCCACCCUCUGAGUUUCACAAAAGAUGACAAUGGAAGCACCUACUGCACUGCCGCCAACAGUCCAACAUUCUAUUCAGCAUCAUCCAUGGGAAGCUCUAAGAGGGGGAUGUUUACGCCCACCAGCAGUGACUGCUCGAGGAGCUGUCUCAGCGGUUAUUCUGAUCAUCCAAACUACAUGGCUUACACUGAAUCAUCAAAAGCAAAGGUCAGGUCCCUUAGUGCCCCAAAACUCAGACCCCAAUUCGAGAGAUCAAGCUCGAGCUCUACAAAGAAGUACUCUGUCCACACACUUGGUGAUCCAAGGUCCACCCAGCGAGGUUCAUCUUUGCACACAAACUUCACCAACAAAGCUUAUCCGGGAUCUGGCCGCCUGGAAAGGCUAGGCAUUCUUGCCAGAGGUGACAUUACCGGAAUCAGUGAAGAGCAGUUCGCAUUGAGCUCAUAAUUUUUAGUCACUAACUGUAACUAUUAUUACCUUUUCGACUCAGAACAGUGUCUUUGUGCUACCUUGGGAGGGUAAAUUAAAGUUUAUUUAGAUGUCAAACAUAUAUUACUCAUUAGCUUCAAAUUGGCAAAUAUUUAACCUACCUAUACUUGUUAGAAUCAAUUAUUCAAACUGAUGUAUAUAUAUCAAAAGCAAGCCAGAUAAGGUUGUUAUAUAACUGGUAUUUCUAAUGAAAAACCGAUUUCUUACAGAAACAGUCUCAUAGGAUAAAGCAUGGAAGUGAAACAAAAACGUUAUCAUGUCAACAAUCGAUUCAGACCAAAAAUAAAAGGAAUAGAUAAACAUCUAUUCAUAUAGGGUUCAAAUUUAAAGUAGACUAACAGAUUCAA